GUCAUUUGCCAGAGUGCUCGCAUAGUGCUAGUAGUGCUACAUUGUGAAGGAUAUAGUGAAAAUUAUUAAUUAAAAAGUGAAUAGAUUUAGGUUAAAAUAAAAUUCAAAUAUCCUAAUCAUAUCCAAGUAAAUAAGAUCCUUUUUCUCUCCUGAAGUAUUCAUAGUGUUAUGAACUGACUGCAUUCGCAAUGAGGACUUUGCCGCUGGUGUUAUAUCUACAAUUAAUUUUCAUUUGGGAAUCUUCUGAAUCCAUAAGUUGUGAUGUUAAUUCAAAAAACACAGAAGCUCGGUUACAACAACAACUUCUAUGUUCUUAUGAUAAAUCGAUUCGUCCUGUCGGCAACUCUAAGAAUAGAACAACAGUGAAAGUGAAAAUGUUCGUGAAAUCAUUUGAAUAUGAUGAUGUUGAAGGAAAACUAACCAUCAACUCGUGGUUGAGCUUGAGGUGGACUGACGAACAUUUGAAGUGGAAUGCCAAAGACUUUGACAAUAUUGGUACAACAAAUAUUCAUAGUGAUGACAUUUGGAUGCCAGAUUUGGCUCUCUACAACUCGAAAACAACACAAUUCAGCGAGACAUGUACCUCUUCCCAUUGUAUUGUCUACUCCAACGGAGCUGUAUCCUGCAUUCCACCUUGUUCACAUGAAGCCAUUUGCCGUUCAAAUUAUAAGUAUUGGCCAUUUGACACUCAAAAUUGUUCGCUGCAUUUAGGAUCAUGGGUUCAUAAAGGCGAAGAAAUUGACUACCAAACGCUCAUGAGUGGUAUUGAACGCAGCAAACUACAGCAUAAUGAAUGGAAGAUUGUUAAUACCUACGUCAAAAAGAAUCCUGGAAAUUAUUCAUGUUGUCCUGAUGAAACCUAUCCUUCUUUACAUUAUACGUUUAUAAUUGAACGACAUUCGGCUUCGGAACAAGCUUUCAUCCUGGCACCAGCAAUGAUUUUAGUAGCAUUAAAUUUGAUAAGCCUCUGGCUAAGCCCUACUUGCUCAGAACGUAUUAUCAUCUGCAUCGUGUCAUUGUUCUCGCACUUUAUCUUCAUACAGCAGCUAUCCUGGCUGGUGCCGAAAAACGGAGAAAUUGUUCCAAAUGCUAUUUUAUUCUUCCGAGAUUCCUUGGUGAUAUCUGCAGUCCUCAUCUUGAACACAGUCAUACUAAGAGGGCUACUGUCGACUGAAGCAACAACUCCGAUUUGGGUGAAAAACUUAACCGAAUCCUUGAAGAAUAAUACAAUUGGGAAUGCUGUGUUUUCAAAGCCGUAUCUUAUAAACAGAACUCCCCUAAACAAUGAUUCCGGUGCAGACGAUGCGUCGAACCUGAUCGAAGGAGGUGGAGCCGAAACUGUAGCGCAAGCAGCUGCGAACAACAAAACUGAAGAUUCGACAAGCAUAUGGGUCACAACUGUCCGGAUAAUAGAUAUUCUCCUAUUUAUCAUCUUACUUGUAGUCUACUUCUUCAUGUUAGUUAGUUGGAUCCCAGAAGAGUAUGAAUUUAAGGGUAAAAUUAACGCCGAAUUAUUGGAUGACGACUGAAUGUGAAGGAAAGAUAUUUCCUGAUAACUUAGUGGGAGAAAUUAUUAAGUGUUUAUGAAAUGCUCAGAUUGCAUUAGAUGUUGAAUAAUAAGGAAUAAUUAAAGAUUCAGAGUAUUGAAUAA